ACGAGCGGAUCAUGUGACCAAUUCUUGACCGGUGUAGGAAGGAUCGUCUGCCUCUUUCACGCUGAACAUCCCGGAGGAAGACGACGGAAAAUGUGCACCAGUGUCCAGCCCAUCGAGUGGACCAAUGACCUCAGGAACCAGAAUUUUGAUGGUAUCGUCUUAGUGACCCAGAGCCAUGAAUCUCUGCCCCCUCAGCUCGAGUCCCUGAAAGCCCCGCUGCAGGACUACAGUGCUGUGGACGGCGGUCUGGGAGAGGAGGUGGUGGUCAUCAAGGUCCCUGGCCUUCCUGGUAAUCGCUUGGUGUUUGCCUCCACCGGCCCUGUGAACCGCGACUACGAUGACAUCAGGCGCUUCAGUGAUGCAGCAGUCAAUGGCAUCAAGCGUGCCUUAAAAGCUGGCAUGCAGCGCCCCCUGCUGGUGUGUCCUCCACAUGCAAACUAUAGAAACUGCACAUUGGCAGCUGCCCUUGGAGCCCUUCAUGCACUCUACAUGCCCCUUGAAGUGAGAGAGAGCAACGUGAAAAAUAGUGAGUACAAGGUGUGUGUUCUGGGACUGUGGGCAGCAGAGGAAGCUCAGGGAAAAAAGCUGGUGGAGCUAGCCAAUGCUCUGGAGAGUGGGAGACUCGCGUACCGUGACAUCGGCGGCUCGGACCCUGAACGUAUGGCUGCUCCUCGUGUGGCUGAAUAUAUCCAGGAACUCUUUAAGAACAGUCCUGUGCAGGUUGAAGUGGUGAGCAACCUGAAGACUCUGGAGAAAGAGUAUCCGUGUUUGGCUGCAGUCAACCGCUGUGCCAACACUGUACCUCGUCACCAGGCCAGAGUCGUCAAGCUGCAGUACACUGGAGAGGGGCCGGUCCAAAAGACGCUCAUGUUGGUGGGAAAGGGCAUCACCUACGACACCGGUGGAGCAGACAUCAAGGCUGGUGGUGUCAUGUCCGGGAUGCACAGGGACAAGUGUGGAGCUGCAGCUGUGGCCGGCUUCUUCCAGAUUGUAGCCCAGCUGAAACCAAAGCACCUGAAGGUUGUUGGCGUGAUGGCCAUGGUCAGGAACAGUGUGGGUGCAGAUUGCUACGUAGCGGAUGAACUUGUGGUUUCCCGUGCGGGCCGUAGAGUGAGAGUGGGAAACACUGAUGCCGAGGGUCGUAUGGUGAUGGUCGACCUCCUCUGCGAGAUGAAGGAGAAGGCAGUAAAUGAGAUUUCUCCUCAGCUGUUUACUAUCGCCACUCUGACUGGUCACGCCAUCAGAGCCAUGGGACCCAACUACUCUAUCAUCAUGGAUAAUGGGCCGGCCCAUCGCAGCGGGAACGCCGCUCAGUGGCAGAGAGCUGGAGAGGUGCUGGGUGAUUUGUUUGAGGUCUCCACUAUCAGGCGAGAGGACUACGAGUUCCACAAGGGCAAAUCUGAGUACGAGGAUAUCCUGCAGUCCAACGAUCUGCCAUCCUCGGCUACACCUCGAGGACAUCAGACACCUGCAGCUUUCCUCAUAAUGGCUUCUGGGCUCGACAAGCACGGCGUGGAUUCUGAAGCACCUCUGCUGUAUUCCCACAUUGACAUCGCCGGGUCCAGCGGUCCUUUCCCAGGUGUCCCAACAGGAGCCCCCAUCAUCACAAUGGCAACCAACUACAUCCUGUCUGAUCUCUAAACAGAGAUUCAAGUCAAAUGCUGCACAAAUUUCUAACCGUCCCAAAUACAGAAGAAACGCUCGCCACAGCACGUAAACUAAUCUUUCUAGUCUGACAUUCCUUAAUACUGCAGGGCGCUUUCCUGUAAGACUGUUCUUUACUUAAAGGCUGAACUGAGUGUCAGACCAGCCUGUCAUGUGGCCUGAAUCAGUACAUUCUCAGGGGUUAAAGGGCCGUGUAAGAGUAACAUCCUUUUAUAUGUGUACCUGUAUGUGUGCAACAGACCUCGGGCGUGAUUUGUGUGAUCUGUGACACCAUGUGGUGGUCAAACCAAGUACUUCUCAUUGAUCAAUAAAAAGCUUUUUAAAGUC